AUGGAGACUCUUUCUGUACGAGGCAAAGACUUCGUGGCACAGAAGCCAACCUUUUUCGACGUGCUGGGAGAUCUGUGGGACCCCAAAUUCAACCCCAAUGGAAUUGUGAACAUUGGACUGGCUGAAAAUACGCUCAUGCACGCAGAGCUGGAGGAUUUCAUCAACACCAACUCAAAAUUCACCACGCACGCAUUAACCUACGGCGAUGGAUUCAGUGGCUCCCACAACCUGAAAGAGGCCAUCUGUCACUUCCUGAAUAACCAACUUUCACCUACCACUGCGCUCAAUCCAUCUCACCUGGCGAUUACUUCCGGUGUGAGUAAUGCGGUUGAAUGCUGCGCCUGGGCUUUGGCAGAUAUAGGCGACUACAUUCUCGUUGGGCGACCGUAUUUCAAUGCUUUCAAGACCACUCUUGGCACGCGUCCUGGUAUCAAGCUUCUCGAGGUUUCCUUUGGAGACAUUGAUCCCUUCAGUCUAGAGGCAGUGCAAGUCUAUCAAAAUGCAUACGAGGAAGCAAGAGGUAAAGGUCUUCGCGUGAGAGCGUUGAUUUUGUGUUCACCACACAAUCCCCUUGGGCGUUGCUAUCCCGAGCAUGUGUUGAGAGAAUACAUGAAACUGUGCGGCAGAAGUGGACUUCAUCUGGUUUCCGAUGAGAUUUACGCUCUGACUGUUUGGGACAAUCCACGCAUCAAAGAUGCACCGCGUUUCAAGUCUAUACUUUCAAUGGGCGAUCAGCCGGUCAUGGAUCCCAGCAUGAUUCAUGCUGUGUGGGGACUGAGCAAAGACUUUGGCGCCACAGGAUUGAGGAUUGGGUGUUUGAUCAGCCAGGCAAAUAUGGCGCUUAUUGAGGCCGCAGAAGGCAUCUCACUCUACAACUUCCCGUCAAGCCUUGCAGACCAGGUGGCUACGUCUCUCUUGCGCAAUGACGAAUUUGUUGGGGACUAUAUAGUGAAAAACCGGAUGCGCUUGGCAGACAGCUAUUUGUUUGCAACGGAGUUUCUCAGAAAUCAUGGGAUCCCGUAUUUGGAAUCUAACGCAGGAUUGUUCGUUUGGAUGAAUAUUGGAGCUGCAGUUCAAGGUGAUCCAAUUACGGACCACGAAGUUGUUGAAAGGCUGCGAAAAGAGAAGGUAUACAUUGCCACAGGAGCAGUUUAUGCUUCUGAAGAGACGGGGUGGUUUCGAAUGGUGUUUGCCCAUCCAAAGGAUGUACUAGAAGAAGGCUUGAACAGGUUGCUGCGAGCAAUCGAUGUCUCCCAAUGA